UGAUAAUGCUAAAAAUGAAACUAGUGCACCUUAUCCAUAAAAAGUGACAUCCACACUCCCGAUUUUUGUAGUUUUAUACUUAUUAAAGUACUUGAUCGAAAUCUGUGGACAGGAAUAAAGAUUCAAGCAUUAUCUUUUUACAUAUUCGGGUCUGAAAAAAAUAGUUAUUAUAAUUAGAAGAAAAGUCCACAAUGUAUGACUCUUUUGUUUACAAGAAAAGUCAACAAAGAUAUGACUUUUAUCAAAAGUAGUUGACUUUGGAUUCCUAUAUAUAAGCGACUACUUACUUAACGUGAUUGUAGUCUCGUCUCAAGUUGCUCAUCCCUUCCCAUCACCCAUAAUGGUUGUUCUUUCUGAAUAUAUCGAACUAUCAUCUUCUUCAUCUUCUAAAGAUCAUAAAUAUGAUGUAUUCUUAAGUUUUCGGGGUGUUGAUACUCGAUAUGGUUUCACUGAUCAUCUCCAUAAGGCCCUCCUUGAUGCCAAUAUCUCCACCUUUUUAGAUGAUGAAGAGAUUGAAACCGGAGGAGAUCUGAAACCGGAAUUGGAGAGUGCAGUUAAAGCAUCUAGGGCUUCUAUUAUUGUGUUGUCCCAGAAUUAUGCUAAUUCUUCAUGGUGCCUUGAUGAAUUGGUGCUCAUCCUUGAGCAACGAAUGACAUCCAACCAAAUUGUUAUCCCUAUCUUCUAUCAUGUGGAGCCCACCCAUAUUAGAAAACAAGAAAGUACCUUUGGACUUUCAAUGGCUGAACACAAAGUGAAGAUGGAGGCAGAGAUAAAUGAAAAUAAAAGAAGUCAUUUGGCUCAAAAGAUUGACCGAUGGAUUAAAGCACUUACUGAAGUUUCUAAUUUAAAAGGGGAGAAUGCAAAUGGCAGGCCAGAGACUGAGUUCAUUGAAGAAAUUGUUAAAGACAUCUACCGUAGAUUAUGUAUAUCCUCAAGGAUUCCUUUGCAACAACUUUUUGGGAUGGACACUUCCAUCAAAUUUGUCACUUCAUGGUUGAAAGAUGCAUCCUUACAUACGACAUACGUUCUCACUAUUUUGGGUAUGGGUGGGAUCGGGAAGACGUCUUUAGCCAAAUAUGUUUAUGCAUUACAUUCUCAUGAAUUCGACACAAGUAGCUUUAUUGAAGAUAUCAGUAGGAGGUGUGGUGAAAAAUUUAAUGGAUUGCUUGAUUUACAAAAACAACUCUGUGAUGGCAUUUCAAAGAAAAGUUCGAUUCAAGUUCAUGAUGUUCCUAUAUACACCUUAAAGAUAGAGAAUGCAGUCGCUCGUAAAAAGGUCUUUAUAGUACUUGAUGAUAUUGAUAGUCUCGACCAGUUGGACGCAUUACUUGGAAGCAAACCUUUUCAUCCAGGAAGCAAAAUCAUAAUAACAACCAAAGACGCUUGGGUAACAGAGAGUUGUGCACUAUUCAAAACAGUUGGUAAGCCCAUGCAUGCAAAGCACUUGCUUGAAGGCUUAUGUGAGAAUGAAUCACAAAAUCUUUUGUGUUUUCAUGCAUUCAUGUGCAACGAUCCCAAGGUUGGUUAUGAAGAGGUAUUAGAAAAGCUUGUGAAGUAUUGUGAAGGACAUCCGUUGGCUCUUGAAGUUUUGGGUAAGUUACUACAUAAUCGAGAUGUAGCUUAUUGGGAAGGGUGCAUAGAAGGGCUAAAGAAAGAAAUCAGUUCUCGUAUAAGAAAUGUAUUGAGAAUGAGCUUUGACUCUUUGCCAUCCAAAAAUGAUCAGGAUUUGUUUAAGCAUAUUGCAUGUUUUUUUGUUGGGAUGGAUAGAGAUAUUACUGAAACAAUAUUAACGGCAUGUCGUAUGAACACAAGAUCUGGGAUCCCGAAUCUCAUUGAUAGAUGCCUUCUUAGUAUCGGAUGGAAUAAUGAAUUCAAGAUGCAUCAGUUGCUUCAAGAGACAGGAAGAUUCAUAGUACAUCAAGAAUCGCCUAACAAGCCAUGGAAGCGAAGUCGAUUGUGGUGUCAUGAGGAGUCAUUCAAAGUGUUGAAACAAAAAAAGGAUAAGGGAAAUCUUCUAGGCCUUGCACUUGACAUGAGAAUGCUUGAGAAAGAGACGUUGCGUGCAUCGUUUGUGCUGAAAACAGAUGCAUUGAGUAACAUGGAUAACUUGAGGCUACUCCAACUCAAUUAUCUGAAUAUCAGUGGGUCUUACGAGAAUUUUCCAGAAGAACUGAGAUGGUUGUGCAUGCAUGGGUUCCCUUUAAAUUCUUUGCCUUUAGACUACCCGAUGGAAAAUCUGGUUGUUCUCGACAUGUCAUAUAGCAAUAUUGAAUCAUUUGGCAUUUAUGAUAGUAAUCCACAAAGAGCCGAGAAGAGGCAAAAGCAGUUGACUGAAUCAUGCUUAAAAGACAAAAGGUUGCUUGGAUCAUUAAAGAUUCUUAAUUUAAGUUUUUGUGAAGAGCUUCGUAGUUUGGGAGGCUUUGAGGAACUCCCGGCACUUGAGAGGUUAAUAGUUACAAAUUGCAUUGGUUUGCUUGUGGUUUGUGAAUCAAUCGAAGCAUGUGUUGAACUCUUCCUCAUUGAUCUCAGCUACUGCAACAACCUUGAAAAACUUCCAAAAACGAUAAAUAUGCUAAAGAAGGUUACAACAGUAUUGCUAGAGGGUUGUAAUCUCGGUGAAUCUCAAAUGGAGAUUAUGGAUAUGGAUUCACGAGAAAUAGUCAAGGCUAAAUCCUCUUCCUCCUCCGUUGUGGAAGCUAUACCAAGUGAUUUGAAGUUCUUUGCGGUUUCUCUACCGAGCUCUUUAGUAAGGUUGUCACUUGCAAAUAAUAAUUUUUCCACUGAAUCCUUUCCCCUGGACUUCAGUUGGCUAUUUAUGUUGAAGGAUUUAAAUUUAGAUGGCAAUCCUAUAGUUUCCCUUCCUAAUUGUGUGAGAAGUCUUCCUAUACUUGAGAUGCUUAGUAUGAGUGAGUGCAAAUUGUUAACAUCAGUGGAGCAUCCUCCAUAUACAAUAAAAGAGUUGGACCUCGGUUUUAGCUCUAAAACUUUGCUAAGAAAAGUUGUUUUUGAUUUAAAAAUGUUACCACUCAAGUUGUCGAUGCUUUCAGAUCAUUUAGCACUUUCGUCAAUUGAAAUUCAAGGCAUGGUUAAAAUCCAACCAAUGGUUGGUGUUGAAGAAAAGGUAUUAUGUAGUUUGGGCUGGACUAAUCUAGAUUUCCUUAACAUAAUGCGUGUAGGAACUUAUUUUCGGGGUAGAGGAUCAGAGGAAUCUGAAAUCCAGAUGUAUUAUGAAUUUGGAAUAUUCAGCACCAUUUAUGGGGGAAAAGAGAUGCCGAAUUGGAUUAGUUGUAGAAGCAAGGGGCCAUCACUGUCAUUUACUAUCCCAUCAUCUCCUAACAAUCUUAGAGGAUUGAACUUCUGCUACGUGUACACGUUUCCAUUUCCAUAUGACCAGUUCAUACUUUUGCCAAUGAUCACAAUUAGUAAUCUAACGAAGAACUGCACCUGGAUAUACAAUCAUUAUGUUUACAGAGUCAAUGUAGGUGAAGGGUGUGUGAUAUUGUUAAGCCACUGGAUGUUUGGGAUGAAUGAAAUGGAAGGUGGAGAUCAGGUUACUAUUACUACUGUAACAGAAGAAGUAGAACAACUUACAGAGGAGUGUGGGGUGAGUUUUGUGUUUGAUGAUGGAAAUAAGGAUGAAGAAGAAGAAGAAGAUGUGUUGGGUUAUUAUAAGUCAUGGAAUCACAUCAUUGGUGGAGAUCUCUCUUCUUUUCAAGCAACAACAGGAGAAUACUACCUAAGCAGCAGGCGACAUCUGUGGCAUGGUGGCACUGGAAUGGUUCCAUUUUAUCGUGAUGUUGUAAAAAAAGACAGCCCCAGAUAUAAAGAAAAGAAAGGUUGCUUUAGAGCUUUAUCCCAAAGAUAGUCCGACAUAUGUGAUCACACAUGUGAGGAACCUGCAAAAAGUUUGGAAGAGCCAAAAGCUGAAUUGGUCAUGGUCAUGGUCAUGGUCAAGAAACAUAUGGUUGCUUGGAUCGUUGAAGAUUUUAAUCUCAACUGUUCUGAAGCUGAUAAUCAUAUUGUUGAAAAGGAGGUGUGGGAUCACCACAUCUAUCCAACCCAGAAAUAGAUGGGAUGAUCAAGUUCUGAAAGAGGUAUUGGUGGAGAAUUAUGGAGUUUGAAAAAAAUCAAGAGGUGUAAGAUGAUGAAAAAAUGGGAGAAGAUGCCUUGAGUUAAUUACAAAUCAUGGAAGUCACUAGUGGAGAUGUCUCUGGUUUAAAGCUAAUAAUAUAAUAAAAUGCUCCCUAUACAGCGAUUUCUUUUGGGAAGAUAACAUCUUCAAUCUAAAUGACAAAGAUGCUCGCUAUAAAGUUAUAUGCCUCUUUCGAUAAAUAUUUUAUAUGAUGCUUUUUGUACCCAACAGAUAUCAUCACAACCAAUUUGCAGUUUAAGAGUAACUAAACUGAUAUGCUAAAAUCCCCACACACUGCAUCCAUAACUUGUUGUGAUAGUGUUAUUAUGAUAAAUAAUUCAUGUUUUGAUUA